AUUAUGUAACGAAAGCUUCAUGAUAGAUCAAGUUCCACAGCAGAGACCAAUAUACGUCGAAAAGAACUUGUCGAUCAAACUUACGACAAAAUCUUCUUCUGUGAUGAUCGAGAACGAAUGCAAUAAGAAUUAUAACAAAUCAAAAUUGAAAAUAAUAAGCUCGUGAAUGAGAAUACUAAAUUGAAAACUUAAAUUAUAUUAUUUGAUAAAGAUCUUGUUAGGUAUGAAAAAUUAUGUGGAGGAUCAAUAAAUAAAUCCUCUGAUUUACUCUUAAUUCAACUUCGAAAACAUAACAAGGAAUUGUCAUUAUAAUUAAAGGAAAAAAUUGAAAUGAUUGAGCACCUCAAAAGGAGUGCUAAAAUAACUAAAAUCGCUGAGCUUGAAUGUGAGAACAAAGUCUAAAUUGAAGAAUAUGCUAAAUUGAAAUCUUCCUAUGAAAAUGCUAUUAAAUAAAUAAAUGAUUUGAAUCAGAAAAUAUUGUGGUUCCAAACACUUUAAGUUGACAUUUAAAAAUUAUAAAGACUCAACGAAACUAAUUCAAACGAGAACAAAAAUUUGAAUACAAAAAUCUAAUAGCUUGAAGAGAUGCUAAAACAAUAGCAAGUAAAAUUUUACUUAGUAUUCAUAGAUUUUGAAUAAGACUAAUAUUUAGUAACAUGAAAAGAAGAUUAAUAUCUUGUAAACAUAAAACAAGAAGUUAAUCUCAGAAAAAACUAAUUUAAAAGUCACUAUAAAAAUGCUUUAAGAUAGAGAAAAAGCAUUUGUAAUUUUAAAGAAACCUUCUUCCCACUAAAAAUUAAGUGCUUUUCUUUAAUUAAUUUUACACGAAUUAAAGUUUAAAUUGAUACUGAGAGGUAUAACAGUAAAACAAUUAACUGAAAUGUUUGAUGGUUUAAAAUAAUAAGCCAAGGAAUAGAAUGUGUAAAUUAAAUUGGAUGAUUUUCAUCAUAUACUGAGUCAGUAAUAAUAUGGGUAUUAAAUUAGGGAACCAUUUUCUUUUACUGAUAAUAAAAAGAUUCUUUAAAUUCUCAACUGUCUUACUGGUAGUGGAGAUAUUCUGAUUGAAUAAUUUUUAAAUCUGAUUAGUACAUAUGAGACAUUUAAUAAUUUCGAUUUUGAGUAGGAAUAAGUAAAUAUGCAAGAAUAAUUAAAUAAAAAUAAACAGAAGAUUUUAGAUUAUUGGAACACGAAAUAAGUAGUGGAUUACUACGAGGUAUAGAAGAUGAUAAAUUCUGUGGGGCUACAAUUCAACAAUUAUAGUUAAUUAUUUUACAAUUUGAAUGUAAAAAUAAUGAAAUACAAAGUUAUUUGAAAAAUCGAAUGAGGACUUACAAAAUAUAAAAGUGUCAGAUACAUUAGAUCCAUUUUUAGAUGAGGAUUAAGAAAUCUUAGAAUUUAAUGGAUUAAAAAAGCAAAGUAAUUAACCACCGAGAAUAUCGGAAGUUUCAGACGAGGAACAUUAUGAGUAAUAUGAUUAAUGA